GUCCCACGGGGUCUUCUGGGGUUUCGGAGCCUUCGAAUGGGACGGUUUCGGCGGCUAGCUCCAAGAGCACCAGGCCAUGUCGCUUUCGCAGGAGGAGUUCCUGCGACUGCAGCAGGAGAUGAUCUACCUGAAGAUGAAGACUCAAGAGCUGAAAGAGGAGAACGCGCGGCUGGCGAGGCAUUCGGCUGAGCCUCAGCUGGGUGAGGCCUUGCGGAAGGCCGGCGCGGGCCUCGGCGCAGGAGCCGUGUCCGCGGCUGCAGCCAUUGGACAGCGCGCGGCCUCGCUGACGCAUUCUCUGGCAGACGGCGCCAGUGGCUUCCACGUGCAUGUGCCGUUUGCAGACAGGGCAGACAGCCAUGAGGCGCACUCUGAGGUGCCCGCCCUGCAGGAGCGCCUCAAAGAGGCCACCCAGGAGCUGGCGGCGGCGCGACAGGACGCCAUGCAGGCUCAGCGUGAGGCGGCGUCAGCAGAGGAGCCUGAUGCCAAACGUCAACACCGGGCGGCGAGUCCGGAGCAGGACGUGCUCAGCGUCAGCCAGGCGCUGCUGUUGAAGGUGCAGAAGCAGCAGAGAGAUCUCGAGCGCAUGCGCGAAGCCGUGGACCGACAGCAGGCUCAGGUCACUCGCCUCAUAGACAAGGCGGAGAGCACCACGAAGCCCAAGAAGACGCUGCCAGCCUUGGAGGAGCAGCUCCGGGGCACGGAGAACAAGUUGGAAGACCUCGGCCGCAGGCUGCAAGACUCGCAGGGCAGCUCAAGGCUGACCUACGAGCUGCGCUGCCAUUUGGAGUCGGUGCUGACUCGCGUGAGGCAGCGGGACAACGCGAUUGAGCAGCUGCUGAACAGGCAGGAGCGCAUGGAGCAUGCAGGGGUUCUGCAGCGGGAGCGCUUAGCCUUUGCACAGGAGGACUUGCUGUCGCACUGGGAGCGCAAAGGCGACGGCAAAGGCGGCUCGACCGCCGACCCCGAACCGGGGCCGAGCGAAGGUCCGCAAGAAGCAGAAUCAGAUGUGGAUACACAUGCUGUGGGGGUGCAGGUAUCCAACGAAGAUACCGCCGAGCUGAUGUGGGAGGCCGCCGUUGCGGUCAGCCCCAGCGCUUGCCAAAGUGUAGGCGACGCCGCGAGCUUGGAACAGGAGCUCCAGGACCUGCGUGAGGAGAUCAAGGCGACGAAGCUGCGCAGCGCCCAGCGUGCUGAAGAUCUGCGCGCGAAAAUUCGUCAGCAGCAAAGACGUGCAGAAGCUGAGGAGGAGGCGGGUCCUUCGGAGGCAGAUGUUGGUUGGCUCUAUGUUCAGAAGAUCGAAGAGCUGGAGCAGCAGAACCGGGGCCUGGAGGAGGACUUGGAGUUGCUGCAAGCCAGCGAGCAGUGCUUGCAGGCGGACAGCCGCGAGAAGGAGGAAAUCAUCUCCAGCUUGAUGCGCGCCAUGCGCUCCGAUGACAGCGAUCGCAGCGAGUCAGAGAGCGCCGCAUCAUACCGCCGGCCAGGCGCUGGCGCCAUGUUCUUUGGCUUGCUGCGGCGUGACAGGAGCCAAGAGAAAGAGCAGCAGCAGGAGCUGGAGCACGUGGCCGAGGAAGCCCUCUUGGACAACAUGCGGCUGCGCAAAGAUCUUCGAACCUUGGCCUUGGAGUUUGGCAAGGUGCGCAACGGCUCCCCCAGCGCCGAAGCGUCGGAGAAAACUCGAGCGCGCGCUCUCUGGGCGGGCCCCGGAAGGUCCGUGAUCUCCGUGGGCUCGGAGGUGCGGCUGAUCAGCAGCCUGUCCAAGGCGAUGCGACUUUGCCUGGGCCAAGGAGGAUGGGUGCCACAGAUGGAGGCCACCCUGGGCAAGGUGGGCGUAGUGGUGGAGGUGCUCUCAUCGGGGAAUCUGCGGAUCCAAUGCGGUGGCUCUUUGCGCCCAUUCAUCUACCCGCCCUCGUUGAUCGCAGAGCACCUCAAUGCCCAGACAGGGUUGCCCCUUUUCGUGCUGGACCUCCAUCCGCACAGCCUGGUUCGGCUCGACAGCGGACAAUGCGCGGUGUGCCGUCGCUCCUUCGAAACCCCCAAGGAGAGUGACAGCGCUGGCGCUGAGGACGCCCCAGCACAGGACCAUGCGGCCAUGGCGGCCUUCUUGGCAGGGCCACCAGGUGAGGUGGGCGGCUUCGGCUGCGCAGCUUGCGAGUUCUAUCUCUGCGACGUGUGCAGCCAGCCAUACCAGCUCCCAACUCCGCCGCGAGAGGAAGGCAACCAAGCUGCGGUGGCCGAAGCCUCCUUGCGACUGGGCGCCCAGUGCAAGUUGCAGCACGGCGCCAAGUGGCUCAACGCCGUGGUGGUGGAGACCUUACCCGAUGCCAAAGUCCGCGUGCACGUGCCCAUGGACGAGGCGCCGGAGCAGGAGCUCGAAGUCACCUCCCCCAAGCUGAAGCCCACCCGCAUCGAGGCGCUAGAGCUGAAGAGACAUCCGUGCUAUCCGGAGGGUCUCCACCCGGUCUGCUUCCCUCGCGGCUUCCGCGGCACCUUGUUCGACCAGCCGGUGCGCUGCUCCUCCGACGAAUGCAUGCCUGGGGGAUGUAGAGGUACUGCUUCGGAGGACACGAAGCGGAUCGCCUACUUCUGUCCGCGGACCGCCUUCCUUUUCUGUGCAGAGUGCUUCGAGGCGCCGGACCUGGGACAGGUGACCGCGGAGACCUGCCGUCGGGACUUGCGCAUGCUGCAGAACCCGGACACCCGCAAGAGCGCAGUGGCAGCCAGAAGAAUCCUCAGCGUCUGCAACAAGUCGCAGCAGGCCAGGAUUCUCUUCCUGGAUGCGGGCAUUUGCGCCGCCGUGGCGGAGGCCGCCGGCGAGGUGCUCAAGGACUUCCGCUUCGAGGACCCUUCUCACAUCAACCAAGCCCUGCUUCGUCUGCUGGCUCGCUUGGCCGAGUGGCUCUACCUGGCGGCCAAGCCCAAGCGCGCCAAGCCCUGCCGGGUCCUUGUGAACUCCGACACUCGACUCUACCCCCUGGAGGAGAACUCGGACGCCUUCUCCAGCGCCGCACAGCUGUAUGAGCUCUUCACCGGGCGCUCCCGGCAGAAGGAACAGGAGCCGGAAGACCAGGAUGAUUGGCGUGAGGCAAGCGUAGUAGAAGUAGAGCAUCAGGCGGGCGGAAACCCGGAAGGAUAA